UAACAAGGACAAAUACUUGUGUCGACUUGUGUCACUAAAUGGAAAGCACCCAAAUGAUUACAAAGUGUCAAAAGAAAGAGAGCAUUCGAGGAAAAAAUACCAGUGUGAUGGCGAUGUGCUGAACGUUGAUGUAUGGUGUGGGCAUGUGAUGGCCGAGCGAGUAUUUAAUGAAGAGCGCGAGACAAACUCGCCGAAAAAUACUGAUAAUUUACCACGCCAGACUACGUCAAUAUCAACAUCCAUGUCAACAUCCGAAUCAAAUAACGACAUGGCUAAAGAGAAGCUGGCAAUAGAAGAACGGUUGGCCGCUAAAAUGUUUUCUUAUGAAAUUAUUUGUUUUUUCUUUGCAAUUACCUUUACCGCUCUAGCUGCUCUGCAUAGCUCACCAUCAAAACUCUCUAAGCCUCCCAUAGCAAAACCUUUUUUCGAUCAGAAUUCUGUAAUAUUAGAUUUCUAUAAGGGUCAUUUAGAUGCAUUGAUUGAGAGAAUCACACAAGCAGAUUUCAGUUUUGUUAUGUAUUAUGCACCUUGGGAUGCAGAAAGCCAGGUACUUCGACAUGAAUUUGAAACCGUUGCUCAGUUUUAUCAUCCACAGAUUUUCUUCGCAGCCAUUAAUUGUUGGCAUCCUGAUUCAGAAUGCAGAAUGCAGUAUAAUAAAAUUCAUGGUUAUCCAGUAUUGAUGCUAUAUCCAUCUAGAGAUUCUGGCAUUAAUUAUAGAGGAAUUCGUACCGCUCCAUAUAUGAUUCGUUUCCUUGAUGCGAUAAUGAAUCCUAUUAUUAGAAUAACACAUAAGGAACAAUUAAUGGAAUUAUUGGUUAUCUAUGAUGCAGUAAUUGUUGGAUAUUUUAAUUUUACACGAUUGGAUAGAACUCCUGGAUACAGAGAGUUCUAUAAGGCUGCAAUACGAUCAUUAGAAAAAGACCCUAAUAGAGAAUUGGUUUUUGCUAUAGUGACUAGCGCAUCGUCUAGUGAAUUGCGUUAUGGAGUUUAUAAAUUUCCUUCAGCAAGUUUGCUUAUGUGGAAUGAAUCUGUAAUUUAUCCGGAAAGCAAUGAAUGGACUUCCGGAAACAUUCUGAAUUGGAUCAGUAGUUCUAUUCAUCAACCAUCUCUAUGGCUACAGCCUCCUGGAAUUAAAGCACUUACUCUUGCACCUUAUCUCCAUGAAGGACCUGUCUUAUUUCUUUUUACACCACGAAAUCCUCUUCAUAUAGAAAAUUACAUUUAUAAUCUGAUAAGAGAGAUAAGCUUACAGUAUUAUAAUUGCGCUGAUAGUAUGCUAGUAAAAGAUAUAAUUGCACGUCUGAAAGCAAAACGACGUACAGCAGUAAUUCGUCACUUUUCUAAGAAUGAAGAAUGCGUCGAUAUUUUAGAGAAGAAUAAAAUUUAUACCGAGCGAAUAAAAGAAUCGAUAGCUAGCAUAUCGAUUCAGCAGUGGAUCAAUAAUAGUUGUUGUGCAAAUGUUGCAAUGAAUAAAUGUCUUUUGUGUAAGACAAAAGCGAUGAAUCCAUUUAGGAAGGAAAUUUGUACAACUGUUUCUAAAAGAUUUGAUGAUAUAUGUAAAAAUGUCGAUAUAUUUACAACUUCUAUUACAACGAUUGGACAACAUGAAAAACAGACAUAUGAUGAUGACGAAAAUUAUGUACCAUUGAAAUUACAGGAAGAAUCAAAAUUAAAGAAAUUCCAUGCAAAUAUAAAAUAUAAGUCAUCACUAUUGAAAGAGGAAAAUGAUUCGCGAUCUGCAAGUAUGGUAAAAAAAGUUUUUUUAAAAGAGAAUUGCAAAAAAUGGUUGGCUGGAAAUGAUUAUCAUCCGUCAUUGUUCCCGCAAGAUUCUCCAAGGAAAUUUAAUAUCAGCUUAAAAGAAUCGGUCUGUAAAACCAAUAAGACAUUAGCUUUGAUAGCUAUUGACAGUUUGCAUUACUUCCACUUUGCAGAACAUCUUGGGAUUGAUAUCUCAAAACGAAAAAAUAAAACUGCUGUUGUAAUCUUAGAUGCUGCACUGGAAAGUCAAUACGUUAUGCAUCAUGAUUUCAGCGAGUAUACUCUUGUCAAUUUCAUAAAUAACUAUACGCAAGGUUUAUUAGAACGAACAUUACGUUCGGACAAUUCACAGCAAUAUAGAACACAGAAAUUAUAUAAUAAAAAUACCAGCAAUUCUGCCUAUCAUUCAAAGAUUCAUGUGCCAGAAUUGACAUCAAAAACAUUUUUGAAUACUAUCUUGGAUCCAUCUAAGGAUGUCGUUAUAAUGUAUCAUUCCCCUUAUUGUGGAUUUUGUAGUGCUAUAUCAUAUGUAUACUUGACAGUGGCAUAUUAUUUAUCCAACAUGAAUAAUUUAAUUUUUGUAAGAGUUAAUGGAGACAACAACGAUUUACCUUGGGAAUAUAGUAUGAAUCGUUUUCCAUCCAUUUUAUUCUUUCCUGCGAAAAGGAAGGAGGAUAGUACUGUGUUUCCAUUUUCUGUUUCUAUUACCAUUCCAAACUUGCUAAAUUUUGUACUAGCAAAUUUGAACGAUGACUCUCAUAUCGAAGCUCUAAUCAAUAUUUGUCAAAUGGGAACUGGUGAAGCGCCAGAUAAAUGUAUCGCUAGAACUCGAAGGUUAUGUUUAGAUAUUAUCGAGCAACUUUUACAGGAUUACAGAAAAUUAAGACGGCAUUUAAAUUUUUUAGAUAAAAAAAUUACGCGCAAUAAACGUAAAAUCAUUCUACUUAAAUUAGAACAUAUCAAGGACAUUCAUUUUAUUCUGGGUUCCAUUGUUAAUCUUAGCAAAGAUCGAAAGAAAGUACAACUGAUUAAGAGAAAGUUUUCUAAAUAUUAUAAUAUGAUUAGAUUGCUAGAAUUAGGUGAGAAAAUGGAAAAACAAAAUUAUGAAUCUCAAGAUGCUACACAUACAUCAACUAUUAAUCGAGAGAGAAUAAGAAAUGAAUUAUGAUAUAGAUUUCAUCUUGUGAUUCAAGAUACAUUUAUGUGACACUAGAUGUUAAUACUUUUGGCUAAUGAGUUCACAUUCUAAGGAAGAAAGUUUUUAUUUACAUUUCUUUAUAAAUAAUAAAAAAAACAAAAAAAUAGAGUUAAUGUAAAAGAUUAUACCCAGAAUUGAUUAUAAAACUAGCCACAACUUUUGCGUUAUAAUAACUAUAAAAGUGAGAAUAUGAAAAAUCAAUACAAGAUUACAUGUAUAGAGUAUUGGGAUAUUAUAAAAGCAGAAUAUCUAUUUAAGAUUAUAGAAUUAUAUUAGAUAUAUUUCUUCAAAUUGUUGAUACGCAAGAAUCUGAAUAAGCAAUAUUUAUGGAUAUAUAUGCAAUAUUUUUUACGUAAUUUUCUUAGAUGUGUAAAAUUUUUAUGUACGCAUUAGAGUUUACAUAUUUCUAAUCUAUCCGUUUCUAAUUAUGUUAAUUUUAAUAACCAUUAUACGUUUAGACUUUUCUUUACAUUACUUCGAUCGAUUGAUCAAGUAGUUAAAUGGUUGAAAUUAACAAAAUGUGUAACAAACAUAGUUGUAUAAUUAUUACAAAUUUCAAUUUUUUGUACAUACGAUUAUAUUAUCGUUGGAUGUACAUCAGAAUUGUAAUCCUAAUAGAAAAACUUUUACGAGAAAUCAUAAUAGGAAAAUAAAUUUGACUAACAUUUAAAUUGCAGAAAAAAUUUAUAAGACAAAACAUAUGAAGAAUUUAGCUAAUUAAAAGUAACAAAGAUAGAAUAAAUAAUUUUUUCUUUUGUCUGAAGGUAGAGACUUUAAAUUAGAUGUAUGUUAUACUAUUUGCAUUAUUUGCAUUAUUAAACAAUAUUGCUUUAAA